CUAUAGAGGAACCUCAUGGAGAAAGAUCUUCAUCCGAAGCGUGGAGAUGAGGAAGAACUGUGACAAUGCAGCAUGGUCUUCGCUACAUCCCAAGCAUGAGACACCAGAACCUUCCUGGUCUCCUGUUCCAGUAGAAUUAGAUCUGAGCUCAGAAUUGGUACAGGGAAAGCAACCAGGAGGUGUACCACUAAAGCCAGAGGUGAAGAGCAGUGGGAGCUCAGUGACCAAGCAACGAGGGUCUGUGCAAGAUGAAGGUGUUUCUAUCUCUUCUGUUGGUUGCCAUCACUUGUGUGGAGUUUGUACACUCCUUGAAAUGCUACAGCUGCCAUGAACCCACCGCUAGUGAUAAGUGCAUGACGAUUCAGUUCUGCAAGAAGAAUGAAACCAUUUGCAAGACUACCAUGUAUUCCUUGGAGGAUGUUUAUCCCUUUGUGGGAGUCUCAACAGUCACUAAGAUGUGCUCCUCUGUCUGCCUCCCAUCCGACGUGGACGGGAUUGGCAUGACGCGCCCUGUCUCCUGCUGUUACUCUGACCUCUGUAACGUUGACAGUGAUGGUGCAGCCAGUCUGAGGAGCAGCUUUGUGCCAGCUGGGCUGCUACUAAGCUCCAUUUGUGCCUUCUUCUGGACAAGACUCUGAGGAGCUGGUGGAGGAGAUCUUUCACGCUGAAGAACCCAAAGAGGAAGAGAAUAAUCCUCUACCGGUCCAAUUUUAUGUCUGGAUGCCUCAUGGAAAACCUUCAACAGCUCCUGGAAAUUGUGUUUUUAGUUGCUGUCUUAUUUCCAUGACCAAGAGAGAAGCAAAACUCAAGAAGUCCUAACAUGAAUUUUAGAAUUAACUUUACUAUAGAGUUUCUUUAUUGUGCUGGUCUGGUUGGUUUGAAUUCAAAGAUCUGCUCUAUGAAGUGUAUUUUAAGAAGAGGAACCAGUAUUAAGUGUCUUCCAUACUCAGAGUAUUUUCUUCCCAGGUGUUACCCAGCAGAAUAGCUGGAUGGGUUGGUGUUCUGUUACGUGGCAGGUCAUCUCUACCCUGUAUUUUUGUGCUGGUUCUUUGUUCUGUUUGGAUAUCCUAUUCAUCACCAAGAAAUUAAGGACACACACAUGUGUCCAAAAUAUGAGGCAGGAGAUUCAACAUCUCAUGCCAGAGGUCUGAUCCAAGAAGGUGGAAAAUCUGUUUCCUGUACUUUUUUUGAGCAGAAUAAAAAGAAUAUUGUGUUUAAAAAAAA